AUGGAAAAUCCUCAGAAAAAAACUCUGGGUAAAAGGAAGAUUGCAAUCAAAAAAAUCGAGAAGAAAAGCAGUCUUCAAGUUGCCUUUUCCAAGCGCCGCGGCGGCCUAUUCCGCAAAGCCACCGAGCUCUCCGUCUUGUGCGGCGUCGAGAUCGCUAUUCUGGUGAAAUCUCCUGCCGGCAAACUCUACUCGUUCGGCCAUCCCUCCGUCGAGGCUCUCAUCAACCGCGCGGCCCCCUCUCCGGCAGUGAAGAGGAGAUUGCCUUACGGCAACGAUGAUCGUCUGCAACUCCACCAAUUGGAGCAAUUGCUCAACUCCUUGGAGCAAAAGGUUGAACAAAAUCCCAACAAUUGUGGCCUUCCAUUGUCAAUUCAUGAAGAGCCAGAUAAGUUUGUGAUGGAUGCAGCCCCACCAUUGUCACUUCAACACCUCAUCGCAGCAGAUCAUGACUUUGUGAUCGAAACGGAUACCUUUUGUGAUGAUGAACAAGCUCAAUUGGCUUCUUUAGUUGAUUACCAGAAUUACUAUCACAUUUUAGGAGCCUAA